ACUCUUCUAUACCUAAAAUAACAGCCUCCUCCUCCAAUUUUCACUCCCACGUGGAAGCAAAAAAAGCCCUUCGCUAUUCUGUAGCUAGCACUCAUAUUCUACAAACGAGAGAAGCACAGCAAGAAGCAUGAAUCAAAUUGAUGAUGACCAAAUGGUACUGAUUUCUCAGUACUAUCCUGCUGGGAUAUACGACCAACUCCUCCCAGAACAAGUGGAAGCGAAGCCGAGGCGUAGGCGGAAGAAGAACAAAGGCGAGGCGGGGAGCAGUGGGAUGAUGAGGAAGAGGAAGUUGAGUGAACAACAGAUGAGUCUGUUGGAGCAAAGUUUUGAAGAUGAACACAAAUUGGAGUCGGAGAGGAAGGACAAGCUUGCCUCGGAACUCGGUCUUGACCCUCGACAAGUUGCGGUAUGGUUUCAAAACAGAAGGGCUCGAUGGAAGAGCAAGAAGAUGGAGGAAGAAUACUCCAAGUUGAAGAAUCAACAUGAAACCACUGUUAUUGAGAAUUGCAGGCUUGAAAACGAGGUGUUGAAGCUAAAAGAACAACUAUGUGAUACAAAGAAGGAGAUACAAAAGUUAACAGAGUGUUUCGAGAGAUUAUCGAGCAAUAGUCCGACUUCAUCUUUCUCAAUGGAGCCACCUUUCUUAGGGGAAUUUGGAAUGGAGGGAUUGGAGAAUGCAUUUUACUUGCCAGAAAACAAUUUCAUUCAUGGGUAUGAAUGGGUUAAUCUCUAUGCAUGAUGUGUAAUUAAUUGGCUAAUUAAUAUGUAGAUAGAGUCCAACUAAUGUACAUCCUUUGUACUAGCUAGCUUUCUAGUUAAGGUUUUAGUACUGUAAGUUACUAAUGACUAGCAAAUAACAAUUAAUUUGUCACCAAUAUUGUAACUUGCUUUCGACUAUUUUUACUAGGUCAUCGUGUUUUAUCUA